GCUAUUGCAUUUUGCCACAACUCACUUGGAUAAACAUUCUACAAGUCCUUAAAUCCUCUUCCUUGUUCAUUCAAUUCCCUUCACUUGAUCUUUUACCAAAAGCCAUCAUGGGUGUUUUGACUUUUGAGAAGGAGAUUACAACUUCAAUCCCACAAGCCAAAAUGUUUAAGGUUUUCAUCCUUGAAUCUGACACUCUUAUCCCCAAAAUUAUGCCUCAGGUUAGUAUAGAGUUCCUUGAAGGAAAUGGCGGACCUGGAACCAUCAAGAAAACUUCAUUUGCUGAAGGUGGUGAAAUUAAAUAUAUUAAGACCAAAAUUGAAGCAACAGAUAAAGAUAAUUUUAUACACUGCUACAAUGUUAUUGGAGGUGAGCCAUGGAUGGAUGAACUAGAGAAAACUUCUUAUGAAAUUAAGAUAGUGGCUUCUCCUGAUGGAGGAUCCAUUGUCAAGAGCAUCAGCAAGUACUAUCCUAAGGAAGGUUGUCAGAUCAAUGAAGAAAGAGUCAAGGCUGGAGCAGAGAAAGCCUUUAGCAUGUUCAAGGCUAUUGAGGCUUAUGUCUUGGCAAAUCCAGAUGCCUGCUAAUUUUAUCUUUCCAACUCUGGAGUGAAGAAUUCGUUUCUAUAUUUUCUUUUCUUUUGUUGUACUUUUCUUUUUUUUUUUGAAUGGAGGGUCAAACCGCUUUUGACCCAACAAUAAAAAUUUGAUAUUAUAUACUUUGUAUUGAAUUAUUAAUUUAUACUCUAUUAAUGGAUCGGUUAUAGAGUAUAAGCCCUAAGUUAUGUGAGAAAUAUAUUGUGAUUUUCUUUAUUUUA